AUGAACGAAAACUUUACCAUUUUGGAUGACGUCGAGAGCAUUCUGUCGAUUACACCUAACGAGGAGAGUCCGGUUUUCACAGAAGAUGAAAUUUUGGAAGGGGCAAAUUUGACUCCCGAUAUUUCGACCAUAAAUUCAGCCAGCUCCGAGUCUUCAAAAGACUCGUGGACCUUCCCUAAUGACUAUGCUACGACUGAUGCCACCCGAUUUUUUGAGUUUUCAGGACUGUCUGAGAAAGGGGCGAGUACGCUGGGUGCACAUAAAGACCCAUAUGCCGACUACUACGAAACGUACGCAGGAGAAUUUAUUGAAUUUAUGAAAACUAAUCCCACCACGUACCACACAAUCAUACAUUUCAAGUCUGUUUUAGAAAAGAACAAUUUCCAGUAUCUACCACAAAAUAAGCCAAUUGAAGACCUAAGUCCAGGACUUUACUGCACCAGUCGUUCUGACCAAUGUAUGAUUGCAUUUGUCAUAGGUGGGAAGUGGAGGCCGGAGAAUGGUUCAUGCUUUGUUGGUAGCCAUUGUGAUGCUUUGAGUGUCAAACUAAAUCCACGAGGACUGCUUAAGAAGAAAGUAGAGGGGUAUGAAUUGCUCGGUGUUGCGCCGUACUCCGGUAGCUUGAACAAAAACUGGCUCAAUAGGGAUUUGGGUUUGGCUGGAGCUAUUUUGGUACGUGAUUCUAAUACUGGAAAAAUAUCACGAAAGUUGGUUAACUCGUAUCCUACUCCCGUUGCGUUUAUCCCAGAGUCUGAAUAUGUAAGUGAUGACACACAAUACAACAAACAAACAAAAAUGGUGCCCGUGUUUUCAUACACCAAUGAGGUUCUAGAGCCUACAGAAGAGGAAAAACGCUCCAAAUUUUAUAAUCUCCACUCACUAAGUUUGCUCAGGUAUAUCACCCAGCUUUCUCAAACUCCAAUCAACUCCAUCGUGGACAUAGAUUUAGACUUAGUCGAUGUACAACCAAGCUCUAGGGGUGGUCUUGAGAAUGAGUUUAUCUACCUGGCCAGCUUGGAUGAUAGACUAUGUGCUUUUGAUUCUAUUUAUGGGUUGAUUGAGUUUAGUCAAAGGUUUUUUGCGGGAGCCAACAUCGAAGAAUAUGAUGGGAUCAGCGGAGUUUAUUUGGUAAAUAAUGAAGAAAUUGGCAGCAUGACAUCUACUGGCGCCUACGGUGGGUUUUUGGUUGAUAAUUUGAAAUCAUUGGUAUGCAACAAACGUGAUAGAUGUCAUGUUGAAGAAGCUACUCACAGACUUCUUAAAAAUACAGUCUUGCUAUCCAGUGACGUCACACAUGCAAUGAAUCCCAAUUUCAAGGAGGUUUACUUGCAAGGAAACUACCCGUUGCCCAAUGUUGGCCCCUCAAUCAAGUUUGAUUCAAACGGUCAUGUGUUGAGUGACAGCUUGGGUAAAGAGUUUUUAGAUAGAGUGGUCAAUAACUUACAAGGAGUGAAAUUACAAGAGUUUCACAUUAGAAAUGACUCAAGAUCUGGAGGGACCAUAGGUCCCAUAAUGUCAGAUGCAAGACGAGGACUAAACGGUGCAAAAUUUAUCAUAGAUGUCGGUUUGCCGAUUUUAAGCAUGCAUUCUAUAAGGAGUGUUAUGGGAUAUAAAGAUGUGGGUAUUGGAGUUCGGUUUUUUAAAGAGGUGUUUUCCAAAUGGAAAGACGUCAUUAAAGAAAUGGAUGUAUAG